GGAGCCAUUGGAGGAGGGGGAAGAUGGGCAGAUGGACCCAGCUGGGGGAGGAUGAAUGCUGGAAUUGGGAGACAGCGGAUAGUGGCUGUUGGGUUCAGGGAGAUGACAAGUGGAGUCUCCAUAGGCAUCUUCAUUCUCAUUUCAUCCACGGUGGCAUAGUGGUUAGAGCAAUGCUAUUACAGCUCAGGGCAUUCCCGAGUUCAAUUCUGGAGCCAUUCUGUAAGGAGUCUCUGUUUGUCCUCCCCAUGGAAUUCCUGGGUUUUCUCCAGGUCCUCUGGUUUCCUCCCACAGUCCAAAGAGUUCCAGGAAAAAUUGGAAGAUAUGCUGUGCCUGCCAUUUUGGGCGGAUGCGUAUAUCUUACCUAUGAAAUUCUGGCAUUAGGUGAUAAUGUGACCCUUGACACACAGGCUGUUGAACGAGAGAAGCUGAAAUCGUACAUCUAUGUCCAGACAGCUCCACUGGAACAGCGAGGGAUGCAGGAAUUUACAAGAAACCUGCGAAAGGAACUGCACAGGGCAGUUAAGAGACUAAUCCAAGCUACAGCUGAUAUUUUUUCCUUAUCACUGGACGAGAAUUACAUGAAGCUAGAUGUGGAAGAUCAAGAGUCUGAUUUGUGGCUGCUUCUAAAACGGACUCGAUCAACAUUAAAAGCUGUCCGAUUGCAAGCUGUCCAGACCCUGGCAAAGAAAUAUCACUGGCACGAUUAUCAAUACAGAACUGUGGCCCAGGCAUGUGAUCAGAAAACUUGCAUCGGGCUAGCCAGAUCUAAAGACAUUGAUCUGCGCUUUUUUUUACGCCCUCCUUUACCAAAAUCAAUUGAGGAUUCGUACAUCGAAGAUGAGCUAAGAAAUCUGUUGGCAUCCCUACCACAGGCUGAAGUGGAUCAGUGUGUGCAAUACUUUACUUCACUGGCUUUACGGGAGAGCAACCAGGCUCUAUCAGCACAAAGGGGUGGCCUUUGGUGCUUCGGAGGAAAUGGCCUACCUUAUGCACAGAGUCUAAGCUCUGUCCCGAGUGAAAAGGUUGAAUCGUUUUGUCUGCAAGCUUUAGCUCAACAUUCCAAGGUAUCCAGCCAUUGUGAUGCAAUGGUAGCAAAUGGAGGCUUGCAGUUGCUCCAAAAAAUUUAUCACCUACGCCAAGAUUCUCAAAAAAUUCAAAGAAAUAUCAUUCGGACAAUUGGAAAUGUGGCUUUACAUGACCAUCUUCACUCGGCCAUUGCACAGUCAGGAUGGAUUGGUAUAUUAGCUGAGGUGAUGAAAUCACCGCAUGUUAUCCAGGCUUCUCAUGCUGCAAGAGCUUUGGCCAAUCUGGACAGGGACACCGUGGAAGAGAAGUACGAGGAUGGAAUAUAUAUUCUUCAUCCACAGUACAGAACAAGUCAGCCAAUCAAGGCAGAUGUUCUCUUUGUCCAUGGCCUGCUGGGAGCAGCUUUUAAAACCUGGCGGCAGAAAGACCGCACCGAUGUGGAAGAUAAGAACGCUGACUAUGCUGAAUGUUGGCCCAAGGCCUGGUUGGCUGCAGAUUGUCCCAGUCUAAGGAUAUUAACAGUGGAGUACGACACUCACCUCAGUGACUGGAGAUCCAAGUGCCCUGUGGAGAACGAGAGGAAAUCACUGGCCUACAGGGGUCGGGAGCUGCUGACCAAGCUAAAAGCUGCAGGUGUUGGAGACAGGCCAGUGGUGUGGGUAGCACACAGUAUGGGAGGCUUGUUAGUCAAAAGGAUACUUUUAGAUGCUUCAGAGGAUCCUGAAAUGAGGUCAGUGGUUCAGAAUACCCAAGGGAUUGUGUUUUACAGCGUACCUCACUAUGGAUCUCACCUCGCCGAGUACUCAGUCAAUGCCCGCUUUCUGCUCUUUCCUUCUGUUGAAGUCAUGGAGCUUAGUAAAGAUUCACCUGCUUUGAUGGAACUGAACAAUAAUUUCGCCAGGCUGAUAAAGGAACAAGAAGUUAACAUACUGGGCUUUGGAGAAACGCUUCCGACAAACAUUGGAAGUAUGAUCAAACUCCAGGUGGUACCUCUAAAUUCAGCAGAUUUGGGGAUCGGGGAUUUUAUUCCAUUGGACGUUAAUCAUCUGGAUAUUUGCAAACCCAGAAGCAGAGAUUCCUUCAUUUAUCAGAAGAGUUUGAAAUUUAUAAAAGAUGCUUUAGCACAAGAGCUCAAAAGCUGAAUCACUCCCCUGUUCAGAGUUUCCCCAAAGUGCCAAAGUUUUCAUUCUAUGGUGCAUUUUGGUAAAGUUUCAUCAUGUAACCAAAACUUGAAAAUGCCAACAAUGAUAACAUUCAAGGAUUAUGUUAAAAUUGUAUAUAAGAGGGCAAUGUAUGUAAAUAACCUAUGUUCUGACAACAUUCAGAUUGCUAUUUUGUUGAAAUGAUAGAUAACAAAGUAUAAAAAUGCUUCAAAGUUAUAGUAAGCAAAAGGUUUAUUUAUUAUGGACUGGAAUUGUUUAUUUAAUUUAACUUUGCUCCUUGAAUUUGCUGUGUGGUCUUUCUUGUAAAGUUAAAAUUUGAAUUAGCCCAACUUAUGCAACACUUAGUAGUUUUCCUCUAGACGUGUCUAUGAUUCUAUCUGAUUCUGCAGCCUUUAUUUGGCUUAACUAAUAAGGCGUUAGCAUAUGAAAAUAUUUAACCAGUUAAGCACAUUGGGUGGUGUUGCCAAUCUUCCCACAUUUCGUUUUUUUCUCCCUUUGGUAAUAAAACAAAUGUAUCUGCUAUGUGAGUGCUUGGUCUGAAGUGUAAUCACAGUUGUAAUCUUGGAAACUGGGCAGUCAAUCAUCAUGAAACUAAGUGCAAUAAACUCGUGGCACCACUGCACUUAAUUUAAUUAACUUGCUUGGAACUGUGCAUGUAAGGCUUGCAGUUUGAAGGCAACAAGAGCUGUGAAUGAGCCACGGUGGGCUGAGGGACAGGAGUCAGAGCACAUCUUCACGUAAUGAGGUAGUAGGAGUGGGAAUGUGAUGGAAAGAAGUGCACGCGCUUGAAAUCUGAAAUAAGAGCAGAACAUGCUGCAACUACUCAGCCGGUCAGACAGUACUUCAGGGGCAGUGUUUCUGUUUGGAAAGUGCCACGUUAUUUGGGGCAAGGAAAGAUGUGAGUAAUUGGAUUCAGCGUGUGUUACAUGCUAAAGGUGUUGCAGAGACUUACAGCACAAAAUUAGGCCCUUUAGCUCAACACAUCCAUGCCAAGCAUGGUGCCUAUCUGUAAACACAAAAUAAUCUGCAGAUGCUGGGGUCAAAGCAACAUUCACAACACGCUGGAGGAACUCAGCAGGUCGGGCAGCACCCGUGGAAAAGAUCAGUCGACGUUUCAGGCCGGAACCCUUCGUCACAACAGCCGCCAUAACAGACAGGAUUUCCCAGUAGCCACCCACUUCAACUCUGCUUCCCACUCCCAUUCAGAUAUGUCCAUACAUGGCCUCCUCUACUGCCAUGCUGAGGCUAAACUCAGAUUGGAGGAGCAACACCUCAUAUACUGUCUAGGUAGUCUCCAGCCCCUUGGUAUGAACAUCAAAUUCUCCAACUUCUGGUAAUUCACUCCCCCUCCCUUCCCCUAUCCCUAUGUCACUCUGCCCCCUCCCCCAACUGCCUAUCACCUCCCUCAUGGUUCCGCCUCCUUCUACUACCCAUUGUGUUUUCCCCUAUUCUUUCUUCACCUUUCCUGCCUAUCCCCUCCCUGCUUCCCCUCCCCAACUCCUUUAUCUUUCCCCUUACUGGUUUUUCACCUGGAACCUACCAGCCUUCUCCUUCCCACCCUCCCCCCCACCUUCUGUAUAGGGCCUCUGUCCCUUCCCUCUACAGUCCUGAUGAAGGGUUCUGGCCCGAGACGUCGACCGAUCUUUUCCAUGGGUGCUGCCCGACCUGCUGAGUUCCUCCAGCGUGUUGUGAGUGGUACCUAUCUGAGCUAGUCCCAUUUGACUGUCUUUUGUCUCCACCUUUCCUAUCCAUAUAUCUGUCUAAAUGUCUUUUAAAUGUUGGAAUUGUACCUGCUUUACCAUUUCUUCUGACAGCUCUUUCCACAUACCCAUUACCCCCUGUGGAAACAGUUCCCCUUGGGUCCCGUGUUAAUCUUUACCCUCUCAUGAGAGUUGAACUUGUAGGAAAAAUGAAUCAGGUGCAAGGAACUUGCCCUUACCCUCAUAUCAUCAACUACUCCCCCUCACUGAGAUCCACCUAUCACCUGUCAGUUCUCCCUCUACCCCAACCUUCUCUCCCCACCCCUUAAAAUGCCACUUCUUUCUUUCCAGUCCUGAUGAUAGUAGAUGGUUGUCUCUCUGACCGGACGCCUGUGAAGAGGAGUGUGCCAUGGGGAUCUUGGUCCAUCUAUAACAACGAUCUGGAUGAUGAUGUGGUAAACAGGAUUAGCGACUUUGCGGAGGACACCAAGACUGGGGGCGAAGUGGACAGCAAGGAAGGCUAUCAAUGCUUGCAGUGGGAUCCAGAUUUGCUGGGAAUAUGGGCUGAAAAAUGUCAGAUGGAAUUUUAUUGCAGACAAGUUUGACGUGUUUCACUUUGGGAAGGCAAAUCAGAGUAGGACUUGCGCAGUGAAUGUUAGGGCAUUGAGGAGUGUAGUAGAUCAGAGGAAUCUGAGAGUACAGAUCAUAAUUCCUUGAAAGUGGUAUUACAGAUGCAGUACUGUGCAGAAGGGAAGGUGCCUGAGACUUUUGCACAGUACUGUAUUUAUCAACAUAUGCAGAGAGCGAGUUUGUAAACGUGGCAGGAGAAAAGGAUGUUGGGGCUGGUGAGGGUGGAGCACUGCAGGAGGGGUGGCAGAGAAGUGCCAGGGGUGAGGGGUGGAGCAGGUGGAGACACAGGCAACUCCAGGCAAGGUCAUUUGAUCCAAAUAAUUGCUCUAUUGAUCAUUACAGAAUGUCACUCUGGUGCUUCCUGCUCCCUUCCCACCUCCCCGACCAUAAUUCCCCUCUCCCUGCCACCUUCCUACAUUUAGAUCAAAAUAAUUUUCAGAGAAUCUUAGAAGAAGAAUUGUAGAGAUCCACGAAGCUGGAAAAGGCUACAAAAGUGUUUCUAAAAGCCCGAGUGUUCAUCAGUCCACUGUAAGAGAAAUUGUCUACAAAUGGAGGAAAUUCAGUACUGUAGCUACUCUCCCUAGGAGUAGGCAUCCUGCAAAGAUCACAGCAAGAGCACAACGUGUAAUGCUGAAGGGAGUGAGAAAGAACCCAAGGGUAAUAGCGAAGACCUGUAGAAAUCGCUACAACUUGCUGAAGUCUAUGUUCAUGUGUCCACAAAAUGUAAAUCUCAUUGCUGCACAUCUCAGGUUUGCAAAAGACCACCUGGAUGUUCCACAACGCUUCUGGGACAGUGUUCUGUAGACGGAUGAGACAAUGCACACUGCUAUGUUUGGAGGAAAAAGGGCACUGCACACCAACACCAAAACCUCAUCCCAGCUGGAAGGAGCAUCGUGGUUUGGGGCUGCUUUGCUGCCUCAGGGCCUGGGCAGCUUGCAAUUGUUGAGGGAACAAUGAAUUCAAAAUGGUAUAAAGACAUUUUACAGGAGAAUGUCAGGGUAGCGGUCCGUCACCUGAAGCUUAAUAGUAGUUGAAUGAUGCAACAAGACAAUGAUCCGAAACAUGAGUAAUUCAACAACAGAAUGGUUUAAAAAGAACAUUGGUGUUUUGGAAUGGCCAAGUCAGAGCCCAGAACUUACACCAAUUCAUAUGCUAUGGCAUGACCUAAAGAGGGCUGUUCAUGCAAGGUAUCCCAGAAAUAUCGAUGAACUGAAACAAUUUUGUACGGAGGAAUGGUCUAAAAUUUCUCCUCACCAUUAUGCAAGUCUGAUCAGCAGUUACAGGAAAUGUUUGGUGGAGGUUAUUGCUGCUGUUAAUGGAGGUUCUACCAGCUAUUAAAUACAAGGGUUCACAUACAUUUUCCAGCCUGGACUGUGAAUGAUUGAACAAUGUGUUCAAUAAAGACAUGAA